GGGGGGGGGGACUGGAGGGCGAGAUCAAAUAUCAGUAAAUCCCAAUUCUGCCUAGCUAGCUAGUGGUUUGUUGUUCCGAGAUCACCUUUUUGCCUGGCAAUUUGUCCUAAUAUCCGGUGAGGCGAUCUUCAUUCUUCCGCUCUGCAACCUCCCCGCCGCUUCUUCCACUGCAAUGCGGGGGCAACAGAUUACUAGUACUCCUACGUCCUUUUCCAGCUGCUUGCCUGCCUUCAUCUUGGAGGCCGCCGCAAGCUCCCAAAAGGAAGCUUCCAUUUUUUGCUCUUCCUUCCUUCCUGCCCCGUCCCCAGCUUGGCCACUCGAGGUCGAGGGUGGUUCCGGAGAACAUCCCCUGCUUCUGUGCUUCACCACUCCAUGCCAUUGCUUCCACUAGCUAAGCGAGUACUGUGAGUACGUGGUUGGAGAUCGAUUUUGUUGUAAUAAUCAGGAUUCAGGAGAGGUCCGCGACCAGGUUUUGCCUGCACCGCAUCGUCCUCUCCCCGCAAGCUCCAAAAGCCAGGCACUAAUUAUAGCAAGGGAGACUCAUCCAACGCAAGGAAGGAGAUACCAACCAUUGUACUACUCCUUGCUGCUCCAAGAUCCCCAUUUUCUUUCACAUUUCCAGCGUUUCCUUCCUGCCGCCAGUGUCAAUGGCGAUGUGAUGGAGCUGUUUUCCACGAGGCCAAGAAACUCCUUCGCAUUCCCGCAGCUUCUUGGUCGAUCUCUUGAUCCUUCAGCUGAGCUUCGCCUACGCCGCCUGCCCGCCUCCACUCUCCCAUGGCACCAAUAUAAUGUGAUGCGGAGGGGCGGUUGUUCCUGAGGAGGAGUAGGAGGAGGGCGCUCAGGGAGAAGAAGAGCGAGCGCCCGGCUCCUUUGGGAGGCGCUAGUUCUGCGCCUGCUGGAGAGAAUCGAAGAUGGCGGGCGGCGAGGGGGCGGCCGCGGCCGCGGUCACCGGCGAGGGGGAGAUGCGGUCGCUGGCGCUCACGCCGACGUGGUCGGUCGCCACAGUGCUCACUAUCCUCGUCGCGGUCUCGCUCAUAAUCGAGCGCUCCGUCCACCGACUCAGCAAUUGGUUGAAGAAGACCCACCGGAAUCCACUUUACAAAGCAAUGGAGAAGAUGAAAGAAGAAAUGAUGUUGCUUGGUUUCAUUUCUCUGCUUCUGGCUGCUACAUCAAGAAUUAUCGCAGGAAUCUGCAUCGAUUCCAAGUAUUACAUCAGCAGAUUCUCUCCCUGCACCAAAGAAGAGGUCGAGGAAUCUAUAAAUGCAGAGCACGCUAUUGCUCACGCACGCAAGCAUCUCAUCGAGGUCAUUCUGCACCAUUCACUUAGGAGAAAUCUAGAAGUUCGUUACCAUAACCAUCAAGGCUGCUCUGAGGGACACGAGUCUUUUGUUUCGCAUGAAGGUCUGGAGCAGCUGCACCGGUUUAUAUUUGUGAUGGCUGUAACUCAUGUGACAUACAGCUGUUUGACAAUGUUACUAGCAAUACUCAAGAUCCACAAGUGGAGAAAAUGGGAGGAUGAAGCAUUCAGGGAUAAUCAUGAAUCAUUUUCUCAGAUCGCAUAUGAGUCAGCAACUAGAAGGCAACCAGCACUCACCAAAUCCUAUUCAUUCCGCUCGUGGAGCCAAAAUAGUGUGGUCAUGUGGCUUGUUUGCUUUAUCGCACAAUUUGGUCAGUCUGUUGUUCGGGCAGACUACCUUAUCCUCCGCAAGGGUUUCAUAAUGACGCACAAACUUUCACCAACGUACGACUUCCACACUUACAUGAUACGCACAAUGGAAGAGGAGUUUGAAAGGAUUGUCGGAGUGAGUGGAGUGCUGUGGGGUUUCGUUGUUGCUUUUAUGCUAUUCAAUGUUGAUGGAUCCAACCUGUACUUUUGGAUAGCAAUUCUUCCUGUAACUCUUGUUCUGCUAAUCGGUGCAAAGCUGCAGCAUGUCAUUGCAACUCUGACAGCAGAGGGUGCCAAGAUGACUACCUACGGGCCAAGGAUACAGCCAAGGGAUGAUCUCUUCUGGUUCAAGAAACCAGAGUUUCUCCUUUGGUUAAUACAUUUCGUUCUCUUUCAGAAUGCUUUUGAGCUGGCUUCUUUCUUCUGGUUCUGGUGGCAAUUCGGCUAUGAUUCAUGCUUUAUCAAAAACCACCUUUUGGUAUAUUGCCGUCUUAUACUGGGGUUUGCCGGACAGUUCUUGUGCAGUUACAGCACAUUGCCUGUUUAUGCGCUGGUGACUCAGAUGGGGUCCAAAUACAAGGCGGCCUUGAUCCCGCGGAGGAUCAGAGAAACCAUCCACGGGUGGGGAAAGGCCACGAGAAAGAAGCGGCGUCGUCGGCGCAGCACCUGGGAUGACUCGACGGUCCGCACGGAGACGAGCACCGUGUGCUCCCUCACCGACGAGGACGAGGACGACUUGGACGACCACCACGGGCCGUUCGAGGAGACCCCGAGAGCCGCUAGGGGGGCGCCGUUCCUGAAGAUCGAGCUGCAGCCGCAGCACGGCAGCGGGCGUGGCCCCAGGCCGGGCACGCCAUGCUUCGACGCCGUGGCCAUGCCGGGCAGCAGCUCGACCCACGGCGGCGGCAGUGGACACCCAAUGCUCCUCGGGCAGUCGUCCUCGGCCUCGGCGCCAUCGUCCCCGUCGCACCGCGGCGGCAACGUGACGAGGUCGGCGUCCAUGCCGGGGUUUGCCUCGCUGAGGACAGGCACGGGCACGCCGACGCUCAUGAGCCAUGACGAGUCCACGUGAUCGAUGCGUACAUGAUACAUACGCAGAUGACACUAUUAGUGCUGUAGGAUACGGUUGUUGCGGGGUUGCUAGAUCGCACGUACAGAUGAAGAAAUUGGGCUGUUAGUGUAGAACUAGACUUUGAGGUAGGAUUCUGAUGACAUACACGUCUGAAUGGAACUGAA